UAUUUGAAUCUCGAGCAAUUGCGGUUAUGGAUCUAGGCGGGUUUUCUAUGUGGCAGUAUAUAUGACAGCUCUCUUCCAACAUGUAAGGAAAUGUUUGCUGCCUAGUGCGAUCGAUUUUUCUACAAUUUAUCUUUUUUUUUUUUAUUUAGUCCUCGAUGUGUAACAUUUAGACGGUAGAUAGAUGCAUUUAAGAUAAUGUAGGUUAAACAGGUGAUCUGGUUAACAUAUUGUAAACAAAGAGAAAGCGAAUCUGAACUUUACAUACCUCAUUUAUGAGAACUGAUCAGUAGUUUUAACAGCAAGUGUGAGUUUUCUCAGUGUUGUUUGUUCCAGUGAGGAUUAUGAAGGUGCCGAGCGGCUCGUCGUUUGGAUUCUGUAGUUUCCUUAUUUUUUGUAGUCUGUUUAUUAUUGCAAAUGCAAAUAUCCACAACGAAGAUGAUGCAUGGAUCGAUCCAUAUGAUAUGUUAAACUACGACCCAACGACAAAGCGCAUGAGAAAACCCACAGAGUCUGCCAGUUACCAAAAUGUGCCAACCAAGAGAAGGGGAUACAGCUCAGAGUCCUGCGAUGUGCCACAGUCUGAUGCAUCUGAGUGCAGCAAUAAACUAGCGAUUUUGCAGAAAGAGUUUGAUGAACACAAAAAGAAGGGGACGGCCACCUCUUCAAAGCCAGUAUGUCUUCCAGUAUUCAAGCGAUUCCUUUCCAAGCUCCUUAAAGAAACAUCAAAACUUGGUCUGCCUGAUGAUGAAACAACAUCCAUGCACUAUGACGCUGAGGUGAAGCUGUCCAAGCAAUCGCUGGCAGAGAUCCAGAAGCUUUUGAAUGAGCAGAACGAUUGGACUACCGGAGCCAUGGAUGAGGCUCUCAGUCAAAUUCUGGUCAAGUUCAAACACCACGACCACGAAGCCUGGAAGUGGCGUUUUGAAGACACAUUUCAUGUGGAGGUUGAUACAGUCCUGAAGGUUUUUUUGAUUGUUCUGAUUGUCGUAGCCAUUAUCUGCACUGAACUCUGGUUUGUGGUGUCCUGGAUGGUCCAGUUCAGGAGAAUGUUCGCCGUUUGCUUUUUUAUUAGCUUGAUCUGGAACUGGUUCCAUCUUUAUAUGCUUGCCUUUGCAGACCACAAAAAGAAGAUUGUGGAAGUGGAGAGCUUCAAUGGCCAAUGCACUGGGCUAAGUCAACUGGAUUGGAUGGGCAGUUUAUCAGCGUGGUACAGACGGACAUGGACUCUUCAAGAUGAUCCUUGCACAAAAUAUUAUGAGGUCCUAGUGGUGGACCCCAUUUUGCUUGUGCCUCCAACAAAGGCUUUCACAGUCACCAUAGCCAGCUUCAUCACAGAUCCCUUGAAGCAAAUUGGGGAGGGCAUCGGUGAGUUCCUCAGAGCGCUGCUGAAGGAUCUACCAGUAACCCUCCAGAUACCUGUACUGCUUACCAUUACAGCAGCCAUCUGUGUGUUUAUGUAUGGAAGUGCUCAGGCAGCUGUAUAUCAAGCAGUACGUCUGCCCCGGCUCGGCUGGAGACAGGAUCCGCCACCUCCUGCGGUAGGACAGCGCCAAGCUCCUCAAUUAAGGGAGCACGAGGACGUCUGGGAAGGGGGAGACGCCCCACAGCCACUACAAAUACGCCAGGGCAAUGGGAACCGGGUGAAUCCAGCAGGAAACAGAGGUGACCAGGUCUUCAGGGCAGGAGAUGCUUAUGCUCCACAAAAUAGACGGGAGGACAGAAGCAUGGAACUCCAACAGGAAUUUGCCGAAACACCCAGAAGAACCCAGAGGGUCCGAGUAGAGACUGUGCUUCCUGCAGGUAACAUGUCCAGUGAUGAUGAGACUGAUUUGCUGCAGCGGACACAGGAGGUGGACUCUGGUACAAAGGAAAAUGCAGAGCCUGAAGUGAAAGUUGAGGAAAAGGAGAAAAAUGCAUCUACUGCGGACAAAAAGGAGCAGAAAGACACACAGAGUCCAGAUGGAAGUGAGCCUGUAACCAAUGUGCCUCCUCCUCAGAUAGAUGUGAAAACACUUGGAGCUAAUCAAGGGAAUGAGGAGAUUUGAGAAUCUUUUUCUAACAUUUUGUUCUCAAAGAUGGAGUUGGUGAUAAAGAAAAAUCACGUUACAUAGAAACAUGUCACCCAAAAGGCGAGUCCAUCAAUAAUAUCACGCAAGCAAUUUACAAACUGCACAAGAGUUAUGCCGGGUGAAGGAAACCACAGUCAAUUAUUCCCUGAAAGCGAAAGUGAAACAAAAACCGACAGAGCUUUUGGCAUCUGACACUGCACGGCACAUGACGAGAGAUGAAUCUACCCCAGUGCUGAUAUAACUGCAUAUCAACUUAAUUUAUUGGCUUAAUGUUUCUCUUGUGGACCAUACAUUAAUGAAAAUUAUUUGUAAUUGUAUUAUUAUUUGUGUCAUUAAAAUGUUUUGUUAAGGUGCUAUGGAAACAAAAUGCUGAGUAACAACGAUGCCAUUUUCACCUUGGCUUAAACUAUAACUGUAUAAGAAUGACUCCCUUAUAACAAGCAUCUCACAAUUCAAUUUUGAUGUGGGAUGUAGUUUUGUAGUCUUUUGUAAACUUUUUAGGGAAGGAAAAUGAAUUGUAGUUCUUAAUAUUGAUUAAUAAUAGCCUGAUAAUAAUAAUAAUAAUACUAAUUUAAUACAUUAAUGGGCAAACAAGCCAAUUAAGGUCUUGAUAUCAUCAAAGGCAUCAUAUCUUUGACGGUCGUCUAUCGGCAAAACUCUAUUAUCAAUGUUGAAAACAGUUAUGUUGCUCAGAAUUUUUGUGGAAACCAUGAUACAUUUUUUUUUUUUUUUUCCAGGAUUCUUUGAUAUAGUAAUAAGUUCAAAAGAAAAGCAUUUAUUUG